AUGAAAUCAAAACAUCAAAAUAAAAAAUUACCUAAUGAAAUGCUUGUUGAUAUAUUUAAAGCUACAGAUAACACAAUAAUGGAGAAUCUGUUGCCUAACCCUAACAAAAUAUCUUCAAUGUCCAAACAAAAAGAAUUUGAGAAAAUGUGGAUUAAUAAAGUCAACAAAUUAUUAACUUGUUCCUCUAUUGUUUAUAUUUUUGUUGGAAAAAUUUUUAAAAUAAGAUGGCGUUUGAGGGAGGAAAAUAAAGAAUUGUUAAAUAUAUUAAAAGAAUUUGUGAAACGAGAAGAACGUAGAAGAGAAAAUGUAUUUAAAGAAGAAAUUGAGGAAGAAUAUGUAGGAUUUAAGACAAUUUUGAAGCGACGAAAAUCGGAGGGGGAUAAAGAUGAUGAGUAUUGUCCGUGUGCAAAGCGUUUUGUUUUAUCUUCACAAAACAAUGAAGAAAUUAAAAAAUCAAGGAAAGACGAGUGAAUGUUUAUUUUUCGACUUAAUU